AUGAACAUUCUGAUUGAGUUUCUUUCACUUUUGUUCUUCUUUUAUUCACUUUGUUUAGCUAAACAUACCAACUUCAUCAGUGACUAUGCUGCUUUGAUGGCAUUUAAAUCGAGCCUUCGAUUGGAACCUCACCACAUUUUGUCCAGAAAUUGGAGCUCAGACACACACUUCUGCAGCUGGUAUGGAGUUUCAUGCGUGCACCAGAGAGUUGUAGCUUUGCAACUUCCUAAUUUGGCCAUUCAAGGCAAAGUUUCUUCAGAAAUUGCCAACUUGACUCAACUUGCUCUUCUUGACCUUAGUAACAAUGAUUUGAAUGGCAAUUUACCAAGUGAGUUGGGCUUCUUGCAACAACUGAGACUUUUUAAUGUGACUGGGAAUUCUCUUGAUGGAACUAUUCCUCUGAAUAUAAGCCGUUGUCGUGUACUGCAAGAACUUCAUUUAUCAGAUAACAUGAUCAAAGGAAGCAUACCUCAAGAACUUGGUCGUUUAAGUCAACUUAGACUUUUGCGUCUCAACGACAAUAAUCUGACAGGAAAGAUUCCACCUUUAUUAGGUAACUUAUCAAAUCUGGAAUAUUUUUAUCUGCAUGAAAAUGAUUUGGAAGGUGAAAUACCUGAUGAAAUUGGUGAUCUUACCAAUUUGAGGCUCCUUUCCUUUCGUGGCAAUGACUUCACUGGAUCGAUACCUGCUUCAAUUUUCAAUAUUUCAAGAUUACAAAUUGUGGAUCUCUCGAUAAAUGCCUUAUCAGGGGAACUUCCAAGUGAUUUGGGUAAUUAUCUUCCUAUCCUUGAACAUCUUUUUCUGGACAGCAACAGGAUCACGGGGAAAAUCCCGGUUUCUUUAUCAAAUGCAUCAAAGAUUACUCAUCUCUUCUUCACUGAAAAUGAUGUGCAAGGAAAUAUUCCAAAUGAGUUUGGUAAGUUGCAUGAACUAGUCUGGUUUGAAUUUGAAUAUAAUCGAAUUUCUGGUGCCAUUCCAUCCAGCUUAUUCAAUAUUUCGUCUCUUGAAAUCCUCAAAGCCAGGCAUAAUUACUUAAAUGGGCAUCUUCCGUAUGAUCUUGGUACUUGGCUACCUAACUUGCAGGAGAUUUUCCUUUCACACAACCAAUUCAGUGGAGAUCUACCCGCUGCAAUAUGCAAUGCUUCAAAGCUUGAAAAUCUUGAAGUUGCAAACGAUAGUUUUACCGGACCGAUUCCCAUGAUGUUAGGUAACCUGGUGGACCUUAUAACUCUAAAUCUGCAAAAUAAUCUGUUGGAAAACAAUCCUGGAGCCACACAACUUGACUUCUUGAAUUCAUUGGUAACCAGCAGGAAUCUGGUGUACCUGAUUCUUGCAUCUAAUCCUUUGAAUGGAAUUUUUACGGAAUCAAUAGGAAAUUUAUCAAGCAAUAUCAGGGUCCUUGAUGCAUUGGACUGUGGAAUUAGAGGCAGUAUGCCAACAAACAUUGGAAACUUAAGUGGCUUGAUUUUCCUGGGAUUAGCAAGUAAUAACAUUGUCGGUAAUGUGGCCCCCUCGUUUGUUGGCCUGCAAAACCUGGAAAGGCUGUAUCUUACUAGAAAUAAAUUAGAAGGGACAUUUCCAGCUGAACUGUGCAGCAAAGGAAGAUUAGGUCUACUGCAUUUGGGAGAAAACAGACUGUCAGGAGAAGUACCCUCGUGUAUCGGAAAUCUGACUGAAUUAAGAGUAAUGUCAAUUGCUGCCAACAAUUUCAGCUCAAAGUUACCUUCAAGUUUCUGGAGAUUAGUAAAGCUUGAUAGUCUGAACUUAUCGAGAAACCUGCUGCAUGGUUUCUUCCCUUCUGAUGUGGGAACUCUGAAAGCAAUGAGGAUCAUGGACCUCUCUUUCAAUAGGUUUUUUGGUGAAAUACCCAAUUCCAUAGGGUCUCUUCAAUAUCUAGUUUCACUAGAUAUGUCAAGAAAUGCAUUACAAGGUCCCAUACCAGACACAUUUAGCAAUCUAAUAGUUCUUGAGGCUCUGGAUUUGUCUACUAAUGCUCUAUCAGGUGUGAUUCCCAAAUCUCUUGAGCUAUUGCGAGAUCUCAAGUAUCUCAAUGUUUCUUUCAACAACUUGCAAGGAGAAGUUCCAAAGAAAGGGGUAUUUGCAAAUGUUAAUUACCGGUUCUUGAUGGGAAAUCCAAGACUUUGUGGAGCACCUGACUUAUAUAUUCCUAUAUGUCUAGCUCAAGGUAGUAAGACAAGGAAAAAGUCCAUUAUUCUUAGAACAGCAGUACCUGUUGCUGUAACAUUUCUGAUAUUGGUCAAGAAAAAAACAUGUGAUUGGAAACAAUGA